AUGAAUGUUUGUGUGGAUGCUCCCGCCGCGGCGUCACACUGGGCCGAUACAUCAGGCCGAUACAUCAGGCCGAUACGUCAGGCCGAUACGUCAGGUCGAUACAUCAGGCCGAUACAUCAGGCAGAUACAUCAGGCAGAUACAUCAGGCCGAUACAUCAGGCAGAUACGUCAGGCAGAUACAUCAGGCCGAUACGUCAGGCCGAUACAUCAGGCAGAUACAUCAGGCCGAUACAUCAGGCAGAUACAUCAGGCAGAUACAUCAGGCCGAUACGUCAGGCCGAUACAUCAGGCAGAUACAUCAGGCCGAUACGUCAGGCCGAUACAUCAGGCAGAUACAUCAGGCCGAUACAUCAGGCAGAUACAUCAGGCCGAUACAUCAGGCAGAUACAUCAGGCCGAUACAUCAGGCCGAUACAUCAGGCAGACACAUCAGGCCGACACGUCAGGCCGACACGUCAGGCCGAUACGUCAGGCCGAUACGUCAGGCCGAUACAUCAGGCCGAUACAUCAGGCCGAUACAUCAGGCCGACACAUCAGGCCGACACAUCAGGCCGAUACAUCAGGCCGACACAUCAGGCAGACACAUCAGGCAGAUACAUCAGGCCGAUACAUCAGGCCGAUACAUCAGGCCGAUACGUCAGGCCGAUACGUCAGGCCGAUACGUCAGGCAGAUACGUCAGGCCGAUACAUCAGGCCGAUACAUCAGGCAGAUACAUCAGGCCGACACAUCAGGCCGACACAUCAGGCCGAAAUCAGGCAGAUACGUCAGGCCGAUACAUCAGGCCGAUACAUCAGGCCGAUACGUCAGGCCGAUACGUCAGGCCGAUACGUCAGGCCGAUACGUCAGGCCGAUACGUCAGGCCGAUACGUCAGGCCGAUACGUCAGGCCGAUACGUCAGGCCGAUACGUCAGGCCGAUACAUCAGGCAGAUACAUCAGGCAGAUACGUCAGGCCGAUACGUCAGGCCGAUACGUCAGGCCGAUACAUCAGGCCGAUACCUCAGGCAGAUACAUCAGGCAGAUACAUCAGGCCGAUACGUCAGGCAGAUACGUCAGGCAGAUACAUCAGGCCGAUACGUCAGGCCGAUACGUCAGGCCGAUACAUCAGGCCGAUACAUCAGGCAGAUACAUCAGGCCGACACAUCAGGCCGACACAUCAGGCCGAUACAUCAGGCCGACACAUCAGGCAGAUACAUCAGGCAGAUACAUCAGGCCGAUACAUCAGGCCGAUACAUCAGGCCGAUACAUCAGGCCGAUACAUCAGGCAGAUACGUCAGGCCGAUACGUCAGGCCGAUACGUCAGGCCGAUACAUCAGGCCGAUACAUCAGGCAGAUACAUCAGGCCGACACAUCAGGCCGAUACAUCAGGCAGACACAUCAGGCAGAUACAUCAGGCAGAUACAUCAGGCCGAUACAUCAGGCCGAUACAUCAGGCCGAUACAUCAGGCCGAUACAUCAGGCAGAUACAUCAGGCCGAUACAUCAGGCCAAUACAUCAGGCAGAUACAUCAGGCAGAUACAUCAGGCAGAUACUUCAGGCCGACACAUCAGGCCGACACAUCAGGCCGACACAUCAGGCAGAUACAUCAGGCCGACACAUCAGGCCGACACAUCAGGCCGACACAUCAGGCCGACACAUCAGGCCGACACAUCAGGCCGACACAUCAGGCCGACACAUCAGGCCGACACAUCAGGCCGACACAUCAGGCCGAACAUCAGGCCGACACAUCAGGCCGACACAUCAGGCCGACACAUCAGGCCGAACAUCAGGCCGACACAUCAGGCCGAUACAUCAGGCCGAUACAUCAGGCAGAUACAUCAGGCCGACACAUCAGGCCGACACAUCAGGCCGAAAUCAGGCAGAUACGUCAGGCCGAUACGUCAGGCCGAUACGUCAGGCCGAUACGUCAGGCCGAUACGUCAGGCCGAUACGUCAGGCCGAUACGUCAGGCCGAUACGUCAGGCCGAUACGUCAGGCCGAUACGUCAGGCCGAUACAUCAGGCAGAUACAUCAGGCAGAUACGUCAGGCCGAUACGUCAGGCCGAUACGUCAGGCCGAUACAUCAGGCCGAUACAUCAGGCAGAUACAUCAGGCAGAUACAUCAGGCCGAUACGUCAGGCAGAUACGUCAGGCAGAUACAUCAGGCCGAUACGUCAGGCCGAUACGUCAGGCCGAUACAUCAGGCCGAUACAUCAGGCAGAUACAUCAGGCCGACACAUCAGGCCGACACAUCAGGCCGAUACAUCAGGCCGACACAUCAGGCAGAUACAUCAGGCAGAUACAUCAGGCCGACACAUCAGGCAGAUACAUCAGGCAGAUACAUCAGGCCGAUACAUCAGGCCGAUACAUCAGGCCGAUACAUCAGGCAGAUACGUCAGGCCGAUACGUCAGGCCGAUACGUCAGGCCGAUACAUCAGGCCGAUACAUCAGGCAGAUACAUCAGGCCGACACAUCAGGCUGAUACAUCAGGCAGACACAUCAGGCAGAUACAUCAGGCAGAUACAUCAGGCCGAUACAUCAGGCCGAUACAUCAGGCCGAUACAUCAGGCCGAUACAUCAGGCAGAUACAUCAGGCCGAUACAUCAGGCCGAUACAUCAGGCCAAUACAUCAGGCAGAUACAUCAGGCAGAUACAUCAGGCAGAUACUUCAGGCCGAUACUUCAGGCCGACACAUCAGGCCGACACAUCAGGCCGACACAUCAGGCCGACACAUCAGGCCGACACAUCAGGCAGAUACAUCAGGCAGAUACAUCAGGCCGACACAUCAGGCCGACACAUCAGGCCGACACAUCAGGCCGACACAUCAGGCCGACACAUCAGGCCGACACAUUAGGCCGAACAUCAGGCCGACACAUCAGGCCGAUACAUCAGGCCGAUACAUCAGGCAGAUACAUCAGGCCGACACAUCAGGCCGACACAUCAGGCCGACACAUCAGGCAGAUACAUCAGGCCGACACAUCAGGCAGACACAUCAGGCCGACACAUCAGGCCGACACAUCAGGCCGAACAUCAGGCCGACACAUCAGGCCGAUACAUCAGGCCGACACAUCAGGCCGACACAUCAGGCAGACACAUCAGGCCGACACAUCAGGCCGACACAUCAGGCCGACACAUCAGGCAGACACAUCAGGCCGACACAUCAGGCCGACACAUCAGGCCGAACAUCAGGCCGACACAUCAGGCCGAUACAUCAGGCCGAUACAUCAGGCCGAUACAUCAGGCUGCUCAGGCUGCACUGGGAACAGAUGAGGUCCCACUCCCACAGACCGUCUGUGGCGCCGUAUGGCUGGAACCCAUCGUCGCUGGCCGAGGAUCUGGAGGCGCUCCCAGGGACACGGCGGCUACAACCAGAGCGCGUAUAUAGCAGCGACAGCCCGCCUGAUAAAAUGGCUCCCUCUUAUCUGGCGUGUGCAUAUGAAAGGCUUAUGUCUUCUCCGUGA